GCAGCGCGGCGGGCAGCGCCCCGCGCCUCCCCCCAUGGGGCUGCCGGGCCCGAGCCCGCCGCCGCGGAGCCCACCGGCACCACCGAACCCGCCGAGACCGGGGUUGGGGACCGACCCGCCGCUGUGUCCCCACCGGGAGCCGCGGCGCGGAGCGCAGCCCAGGCAGCCCCCAGCACCUCUCCAGGAGCCAUGGCCCAGCCGGGCAGUGAGCUGGGGUCCGUGCCGGUGGCACCCACAUCCCCUGAGCUGGAGUGCCAGAUCUGCUACAGCCACUUCGACGCCCGUGCCCGCAGGCCCAAACUGCUCCACUGUGGCCAUCGCCUCUGCACCCGCUGCCUGCGCAGGAUGGUGUCUCCGGGCGAUGCAUCAACCCCCCAGCUCCGCUGCCCCUUCUGCCGCCAGCACAGCCCAGUGCCCGGCGGGGACGUGCAGCAGCUGCAGGAUGAUGGCGAGGCACUGGCACUGCUGACAGGCUGUGAACGGGCCAAGAAGAGGGGUCCCCCACGAUCCCCCGAGGUCCUCCUUUGCCCUGGUGUGCUGGAGCCCACAUCCAGCCCCGACUGCCUGGUUGUCACCAUCCUGGAGGUGCCGGAGGACGUGGCCCCACCGGAGAGCCUGGGCAGGCUGGAGGUGGUGCGGCUGUACCGCCCCACCAGCCUGGGUGUGCUGCCCUGCCACGGCCCUGGGCAAAAGUGCCACGCCUGGGGGUGGCGAGCUGUCCCCCGCUUCAUCCUGGGUGUCCUCUGCCUCCUUUACUUCAGCUCCCUGCCCUUCGGCAUCUACCUCCUGCUCAUUGAGCACCACAGCCUGGGCAUCAUCCUGGUCAGCCUUGUGCCCUCCACCCUCCUCCUCUGCAUUGUCUACAGCCUCUGCCAGUGCCUGUGCCUGGAAGUCUUUGGGUUCCCCCACUCCUGACCCUGCCAGGCCAACCCCUGUGCCUGUGCCAAGGAGGGUUUGGGUUCCUUGGAGUGUUGUCCCUUGGGGUACAGGUGUUCCCUGAUCCACAGCAUGCUCUGCCUGGACCACAGGGAGAAGCUCAGCGCCUGGUGCCUUCCCAUGCAGAACAGCACUGGAAUUUCCAUGUGGGAGCCUACACCUGAGUGGCUGCAGGAGCUCAUUGCAGCCUACAAGCAUUUGGGCUGGACCCUCAGCUCCUCAUCCUCCUCUUCCACAGCGGACAAAGAGCAGGAGCUGGGCUGAGAGCAGAGCAGCAGCCGGGAGACUAAUCCCAACUGAGGCAGGGCGGGUGCUGGGCACUGAGCGCCGCGGUCGGAGGGACCCCGGCAGGAGAGGGACGGGCAGAGCCCGGGGGCUCCUGCGGCCGAACCGGCCCCAGCACGGCUCCGUGUCCAUAGUGUAAAUAGUUCUGUCCGUGGCGCCCACGCUCCUGGCGGGGCUGCUCCCAUCGCAUCCGUGUUCUUUUCCCAUGUGUGAGUCCCGUGUUUGCCCACACUGUGUCCUGGAGAGGGAAGGAGCAGAGGAGAGGAGUUUCUUUGGUGUGUAAAGACGUCUUUGCAGCUGUUUUGUAGUCGUUGUGGUUUUUAUGCGAAGCCUCUGGGCUUUAUUUAACCUCCUUGGGUUUUGUUUUGUAAGGAUUAAUUUAACACCGCUAACCAUUUUAUUACUUUUAUCAAGAAGA